AUGAGUUGUCAAGCCUUUCCUUCAACUGACACCUUCAUCCCUUUGAAUUCUGAGUCAUCUCCCACUCUGCCUCUGAUAAUGCAUCAUAGUGCUGCAGAGUGUUUACCCGUCUCCAAUCAUGCCACUAAUGUGGUGUCUACAGCCACUCUAUCAGGUCUGCAUUAUUCCGUCCCUUCUUGUCAUUAUGGAAACCAGCAGGCUACAUACGGGGUGAUGGCAGGUGGCCUUACCCCUUGCCUUUAUAAAUUCCCUGACCACGCACUGAGUGCCAGUUCAUGUGCUCUCAGCCAUAGCUUUACUCCCAUGCAUGCAUCCAUCCUUGGAGAAGACCCUUCCAGCGCUGAUUUUAAGCAGGAAUUCCGCAAGAAAAACAAGCAAAUUGAAGAACCAAUAGACAUGGAUUCUCCUGAGAUUAGAGAACUGGAAAAAUUUGCCAAUGAGUUCAAGCUGAGGAGAAUUAAGCUGGGAUAUACCCAAACAAAUGUUGGAGAAGCUCUGGCUGCCGUGCAUGGCUCUGAAUUCAGCCAAACAACUAUUUGCCGCUUCGAAAACUUGCAGCUAAGCUUCAAGAAUGCUUGCAAACUAAAAUCAAUCCUGACAAAGUGGCUGGAGGAGGCAGAACAAGUAGGAGCUUUAUAUAAUGAAAAGGUUGGUGUGAAUGAACGAAAAAGAAAGCGCAGAACCACCAUAAGUAUUGCGGCUAAAGAAGCCCUAGAAAGUCAUUUUGCUGAACAAAGCAAGCCUUCUUCUCAGGAGAUUAUGAGGAUGGCAGAGGGGCUCAAUCUGGAGAAGGAAGUUGUGAGAGUUUGGUUCUGCAAUCGAAGACAAAGAGAAAAAAGAGUGAAGACCAGUUUACACCAGAACACCUUUCAUUCCAUCAUUAAAGACCACCAAGAGUGCCAGUAA